AUGGAACCACUGAGCGACCCUCUGAACGAUCGCGUGGUCAAGAACUCCACCAUUCCUCCCCAUAGGCCUUUAGACCAUAAUCUCCUUUUCCCAGAUAAAUCCAAAAUUCCAGAUACAAAAAUCCUUCGAGAGCAUCUAAAAAAAGAAGGAAAACUGCACAAAAGUGAUUUAAUACAAAUUAUAGAAAGUGCUUCAUCUAUCUUUCGGUCUGAACCAAAUCUCUUGUGGCUUAGAGAUCCAAUUAUAAUUGUGGGAGACAUUCAUGGGCAGUUUUAUGACCUUUUAAAAAUGUUUGAAAUCGGAGGAAGCCCAAAAGUUACAAAAUAUUUGUUUUUAGGGGAUUAUGUUGACAGAGGAGUAUUUUCGACUGAAGUAAUUAUUUUACUUUACUCAUUGAAAGUUAGGUAUCCAGAUAAGAUUUAUAUGCUCCGUGGUAAUCAUGAAUCGAGAAAUAUGACUUCAUAUUUUAACUUCCGAUCUGAAUGCAUCACCAAAUAUGACUUACCUUUUUAAUAAAGAAUAAAACCUUGUUGAAUUUCAUUUAAUACAAAGUUGAUGACUAUAUCUAUAUAGAAAUUUUUUUUUUUUUUAAAAAAAAAAUUCGAAAUAGCAUUAGAUAUUAAAAUUUAAAAUUAAUAGCAAUAUUUUUAUUUUCCUUGCUAAAACAUUUUUAGGCCAAAAAUAUAAAAGAGUUAGAUGCUUAUGAUAGGAUUAUGGAGAGUUUUGAUUUACUUCCUUUAUCAUCUCUCAUUAAUGAAAAAUUUAUUGCACUCCAUGGAGGAAUAUCCCCACGGCUUGCCGCAAUAGAAGAUAUUGGAGAUAUCAACAGGUUCAGAGAGCCUCCUAAAGAUGGAAUUUUUUGUGAUAUUUUGUGGUCUGACCCUAUUAAUGAUGACUAUGGUAGAUUAUCCAGCCAAUUUCAACCAAACCAAGCGAGGGGCUGCAGUUUUGUAUUUGGCCAUGAGGCUGUAACAAAGUUUUUAGACAGAACCGAUUUAAUUUCUAUAAUAAGAGGCCACGAAGCCCAGCUCGAUGGUUUCAAAAUGCACCGAUGAAAUGGCAGCAAUGAGUUUCCUUCCGUGAUUACAGUAUUUUCAGCUCCCAAUUAUUGCGAUACUUACAAUAACAAAGCUGCAAUAAUCAAGCUUGACGACGACGUUAUCAAUAUCCAGCAAUUUAACUUCACAAAUCAUCCAUUUAUGCUGCCCAAUUUCAUGAAUGUUUUUGCAUGAAGUGUCCCUUUUCUGGUAGAAAAAGUUAUGGCUAUUUUUAUGGCACUUUUGGAAAAAAAAUCAGUUAAUGGAAAGGCAGAAGCUGAUGAACAGUACGAAAAAAGAUGCGAAGAACUAGAGAAACAAAUUAGAGAAAAACAUAAAGCAAUAUUAAAAGAUAAAGUAAAGUCUAUAGGAAAAAUGAUGAAGCUUUAUAAAAAGGUAAGAGAAGAGCAUGAAUUUUUGCUUGAUAGCCAGGCCACAAUUUUUAGUGGCCAAAUGUCAAAGCAUGUGUUCUUUGAAGAUAAUUUGGCCUUUGAAUGUGAUGAAGAAAACUUUAUGAAGGCUAAAGCAGUCGAUGAAAGCCUUGAAAAAAGCUUUAAUUCUUAUAUUUAA